GCCGCUGCUGCAGCCUGCAAGCUGAGAAGACCUGUGGGUUGUUAUCUCCAGUUAGCUGUCUUAAAGUAGUGUUUUGUUUUUUUUUUUUGUUGUUUUUUAGCGUUUCUAGCAGGAUGUGGACCAAUCACCGCAGGUGUUUCCAAUAAACAGACCGCGACGGUAAUCAAAACCUCACCGCUAAACUUAGAAAGUCCAGGGUUCCGGUCCAGUGAGGUCUUUUGAUCGACCGCCUGACUGCUCUUCCACUUCUGUGCCGAUAAUAGCUCAUGACCUCUCACCCCCGGGUCCUGAUGUUUCUGUCCAAUGGGAGAGUGGAGGGCAACUGAAUCCCCUAUGGAAGACGCUGAGAUCUCGAGCAUAUCACAUGUGACCUUGUCUCCCUCAAGACAAAAUCAUGUGGCGGUGUGCUCUUUACCCUUCUCCAAGAGCUCCUACAGUGUAAUAAGUGCCUUUUGUACUGAAGAGAAUGUUCAUCAGUGCAUUUCAUACCUCAAUCAGGAGAUCGCCUUGCUUGGCCUCUCCAUGGGUAUUGAGGCCAGCUCACCAGAGGGAAGGAGCCUAAAUGCGGUGCCAACUCUAAAUGUCAUGUAUGAAUUGCUCCAAAUCCAAAAGCGAAAUAUGUGCACUUUGGAGGAGAUGGGGAACGAACAGUUAAAGAAACUAAACACCUUGGAGCACAUGCAGAUGAGCAAUUCCAGACUAAAGGACCAGUUGGAGCUGUCAAUAAGGGAGAAGUCGGGUCUGCACGAGACCGAGAGGCAGCUUCAGCUGAAAAUCAAGACUCUACAGAGCUGUCUGAAGACGGAAAAAGAGGAGGUUCAGAAGCUCCAAAGCAUCAUUGCCAGCCGUGCCUCUCAAUGCAGUCAUGAUGCCAAAAGAAAGGAGAGGGAGGCUUCAAAGCUGAAGGAACGCCUCAGUCAGCUGCUGGUUGACAGAAAGGAAAAGAAACUAGCUAUUGAUGUUCUGAACUGCUUGGGGCGAUCAGAUGGAAAAAGGAGUCAGUGGAGGACAGCCAAAUUGACACCCAGCCACGAGAGGGAGAUGUACAAAACGUUGCUCGACGACUACGAGGCGAGUCGGAAGGCUCUGAUUCUGGAGAAUGCGGAGCUUAAAAAGGUCCUCCAGCAGAUGAAGAAGGAGAUGAUGCACAUCCUGAGUCCUCAGCAGCAACCCAUCAGUGGAGACGCCGCUGACGGCCUGGAGCAGGUGGAUGAAGAGAAAGCUGCAGACACGAGCAGGGAAGCGUUGGACCAGUCCUGUGAACUUGCCAGGGAGCAACUCCUCAACAGCAUCCGCCAGCAGUGGAGGAAACUGAGGAACCAUGUGGAAAAAUUAGACCACGCUUCUCAGGUGCAGAAUCAGAUGGAGUCAAACAAGGACACGAUACCUUUGGAAACCCACGAGGAUGAGAUGGAGAGGAUGAGGCGGGAAGUCCAGCAGUGCCGAGAGUUCAUUCAUGCACAACAGCAACUUCUCCAGCAACAACUAAACGCGUCGUUUGAUGACGAGACGGCAGCUCUCCUCAACGACGGCUACACGCUGGAGGAGAAGGAGCGCCUCAAAGAAGAAUGGAAGCUCUUUGAGGAGCAGAAGAGAAACUUUGAGAAGGAGAGACAGAACUUCACCGAGGCUGCAAUCCGUUUAGGGCGAGAAAAAAUGGCCUUUGAGGAAGACCGUGCUGCCUGGCUCAAGAAUCAGUUUUUGAACAUUACGCCUUUUAGAGAUCGCAGGAGAGGCUCCUCAUCAGAUGCCCAUAGUGCCUUAUCGAUUAGAAGUGAGCCAGAGAUCAGGGCAUCGUCUGUGAGAGCCAAGCGGUCAAAGUCACCAACCUACACUACAUUCUCAACUCCUAAACCUUCACGAAGUUCUCCCGUGCCAUCCACGAUUGAACUUUACCGUACACUCCGUCUCCUAUCAGACAGCAGUUCCUACAAUCAUUCAAUUCGAGGACGCUGGCAAGAGUCGAGCACAAUAGAAGAUCGACGCCCUCGGAUCAGGUCCAAUAUCCAACCUCACGCUGGAGAAAUGAGCAUCUUCACAUCUGGCGACGAUCAAAGUGUUGGUUAAAUAACAAAAAGAAAACACUUGUGCCUUUGUAAUGUCAUUUUUUUUAAUAUGGGUUUUUAUUUCCAGUAAUGAACUUUAGCAUUGAAUUAUUGCCCUCUCAGCGGUGAUGAACACUCAUUUUCUAUAGAUGGGUCAGUGACCAAAUAAGCACUUUUAAAGAGUUCUCAGUUCACCUAUUUAUUUCUUUACAAACUGAUCAGCACUGACAAGUUAGAUUAUACGCUUUAUUUAUUAGCCAAGUAGUGAGUUAAAUGUAUAUAUUUUACUUUUUAAGUAUAAAAAAAUUAUAGGUUUUAAUAAAAUGGGGCAGUGAAAACAUAAUUUUAUAUAAAUCUGAUGACGCAAUAAAGGUUUUUCUCCAA